UAUAUGGGUGAACAGCUAUUUUAUUAUUUAAACGUUUUGUUUGGUUCAACCAUGUUCAGGGUAGAGGCUUUCCGUGACGCAGCAUCUGCUAUGGAACAAGAGAAAGAAAUCCUGCUAGAAAUGAUCCACAAUAUACAGAACAGCCAGGAUAUGAGGCACAUCAGCGAAGGUGAGAGAGAAGAACUUAAUUUGACUGCUAAUCGUCUGAUGGGCCGAACCCUCACUGUGGAGGUUUCUGUAGAAACCAUCCGAAACGCCCAGCAGCAGAAAUCCCUACUGCACGCCACGAAGAUGAUCGAUGAAAUUGUCAAUAAACUUCUAGAUGAUUUGGAAGAUGCCAAAAUCCGCUUAAUGUCGCUUUACGGUGCAUGCACAUCUGACGUGCCAGCAGGACCCAUCGAUCAGAAAUUUCAGUCUGUGGUCAUCGGAUGUGCCAUUGAGGAUCAGAAGAAAAUCAAAAGGCGGCUAGAGACUCUGCUCAGAAACUUGGAAAAUUCUGAAAAGUCAAUCACAUUGUUGGAGCAUCAGAAAUCAUCUGUUCGACAGUCUUGCAACAGCAAACAGGAUUAAACUAUCCUCCUGGCUACCUCUGGCAAAUCGCAGGAUGAGCAAAUCGCUAUAAAAAGCACACAGAAGCUAAGAAAAAAAUUCGCUGUACAAGCAUGCGCGUAUACAGGCAUGCACGCGCACCGAAGUAUCUUUGAUUGUGAGGUGCGAGCAUUUAAUGGGUUUUGGUAGCAUUGGCAUUUUCUUUUGGCAAUAAAGAAUGCUAUCAGGAGUUCUCCUGUAGAGUCGAUACCGCUCUAUUGCAAACUGUAAUUGUGCUUCUGCUGAACUGUCAGAAACCAUCAAAAUCUAGCCUUCCCUCCAAUUCUCCUGGUUUUUUUUUUUAAACUGAUGUUGUUUUGUCAUAUAGUGAGAUUUCAGCUUUUCUCUGCUGUAUACAUAGUGUGCAAACUAGACUUUUGGGGAAGAAAGACAUCAUGGCAAUAAAUCAAAACCAUUAAUAAA